AACUGCCCAUGUUUGUUGUUAAUUUUGCUUUUGUUCUCUUUCCCACAUGUGAUACCAGUAAUGUAAAUGAUAGAUGUUAUUUUAAGCAUUGGAUUGGAUUUUUCAGAUUGGUAAUGGCCUGUGCUCAGCCAAAAGAAGUUGCUAAAGAGAUGUGUUGUGCUAUUUGUCUGGAACAGUUUAAGGAACCAAAAGUGUUAACAUGCCUGCACUCCUACUGUAAAGGGUGCCUAGUGAAACUAGUGAAGAAAAAGGGACCUGAGCAUAUCAUAAUCUGCCCAGAGUGCCGACAGGAAGUUAAAAUAACUGAUGGAGAUGUGGACAAGCUGCCACCAAAUUUCUGGUUGAACAAUUUCAUGACAUUGCUAAGUAUGCAGGAUAGCAGCAUGGCUUCAUCCAAAAAGACACUGCUCUGUGAGCACUGUGACAGUGGGGACCCAGCUGUGUCUCGUUGUACCAGCUGCUGUGUUUUCAUGUGUGAGUUUUGUGUUACUGCACAUAAAAGGAUCAAUGCAUUCAAGGGUCACAAGAUUUUAUCCCUGGAGGAAGUCAAAAGAGUUGGCUCAAAGGCCCUUGUAAAGCCAGCAUUCUGUGAAAAACAUAGUGGAGAACUACUCAAGCUCUUUUGUCAAACUUGCCAGAAAACAAUCUGCCGAGACUGCACUAUUGUUGAUCACCGAGAACACAUGUAUAACUUUGUGGCUGACAUUGCUGAACAGGAAAGAAGUUCUGUGCAUGGAAUUCUUGAGAAAUGCAAACCUAAAGAAAAGGUUGUUGCUGAAAGUUUACAAGUGGUGAAGACCAUGAGAAUCCGUGUUCUGAGUAGGUGCUCGGAGGCAGGCAAACAGGUGGAUUCUUUUUUUGACAAGCAAGUGGAGGCAUUGGAGCAUCACCGUGCAAACCUAAAGAAUGAAGCUGGACGACAAGGUCAAGAAAGAGUAAAAAAACUGGACAGUCAGGCAGAAGGGCUGUCCCUACUUUUGGCCCAAUUGAGAAACAGUGUUAGUUUUACCAGCCAGGCCAUAGCAGAUGGAGAUGACGUAAAGCUCUUGUCCAUGAAGACACAACUUGUCCAGCGACUUUCGCAGCUUAAUUCUUCACAAGACCAGUUGAAACCCUGUCAGAAUGAUUACUUCAGACUCCAAGAGCACAAAUCUAUUUGGGAUGUGGGAAAAAUAGCGUCCUUAAGUUACCAUCCAUGUGACCCUCAGAAGUGCACCGUCAGCAUGGCAGGGGGGGAAGAAGGGGUUAUGUAUCAAACCAUGAAAAGACAACCUGUGGAUUUCACAGUUAUUAUCAAAGAUGAAAGAAACAUUAAAGUGACAGGAGGUGGACAUGGAGUGAUAGUCUGUGUUGAUUUUGAGGCGAGGCUGACACCAAAAAGGAGAAAAAACACAUUCACAACUAGCCAGGUAUCACCUAUUGUGUUUCUUAAAGAUGACGGUUCAUACAGCUUCUCAUAUUGUCCAAAGAAUGCUGGAAACGCCGUUCUGUCUGUGAAAGUUGGAGGUAAACACAUUAAUGGAAGUCCCUUUCAGUGGAGUGUAACUGAAUUAAUCCAUGCUUUUUCAGAAGGAAUGCAUUGCUGGAAACUUCAGCUUGACUUGGAUGGCGAAGAAACUACAGUAGAAAUAGGGGUUAAGAAUGAUUUUUUUGGCUCAAGUCAGCCAUUACCGGUACAUGUGUGGAGUCAUCAAAGGGGAGAUCAAAAAUGGUCAUUAAUCUUAAAGGGAUCCAGAUUGAAUACCUCUCGAUCAGAUGGUCGUAAAGCAUCCAUAGGGGAUGUGCAAGGCAAAGAUAUUUUCACAGUUUUUUUAAAUCUUGAAAGCAAGAAACUAAUCAUUUACAAUAUUCGUAGUAAAGAAGCUGAUGUCUUCACAGGUGUGGAAGGGAGACAACUGGCUUACGUCUGUCCACCUAAUAAACAAAAUUGUGUAUUUUUUUAUUUUGAGGAUUAAUUUUAAUUUCGUGGAAUACCUUCUUCAUGAAAAUCUCUCAUUUUUCAGAUUUGGUGUUUGAGUAUGAUUUUUGUUGUUUAACAAGUGGCAGCAACAUUCAAGGCAUUUUUCUGGUAUAUAUCCUGCAAAACUGGUCUAUUGUAAGAGGUGCAUACGGAAUUAUCCAGAAUUUUUAGUCUUUGUUUUUGCUUACAGGAGGCGAAUACCCUUAAAAUAUGAAGACAUAGUUGGUUUUGUCCGAUCACAAAUUAAUCAUGUGGCAGAACAAUUAUACUGAAGAACUCCAAAUUAUAUUUGCAAUGGAAUUACUGUUAUCUUUAGUUUGAUUGUCUCUCUGAGAAAAAGUUUGCUGCUUUCCGCAAAAUGAGCAAGUUGCUAAAAGGGAGAUGUUGAAUAGCUUGGUAGUGGCAUAAAAUGCUAAUACUGUGAUAACACAGUCUGUGGUUGAAAUUGAGAUUUUUAAAUUGUAUGACUUGAUGGUUUUAUAAGAAGUGAUAUUGUAUUUUCCUUUUUAAAAGUAAAUCUGAACUAUUAGUUUUGUUCACAUAUAAAAAGGAGUAUUCCUGUGGAUUGGUCACAAAAAAGAAUUGCCUUGGGUGACAUUCCUACAGUAUGGAAAACACUUUUCACCUGACCAUGUCCUCAAGAAGUCCUCAAAGGCCAAGUGUUUGUUUAGUUCAUUAUCACUGCACAUUUUCUAAAGCGCGAGAAAAUGCAAUGAUUGAACUUUUCGCGAGUUAAGUUUAUUUAAUUUUCUUUGACAUCUAUUCACUCAUUCUCUGAGACUUAUAAUUUGCCUUAUAACACUUAUACACAAACAAACUGUUUUGUUGAAUUAAAAAGUUGUAGCCAUCCUUCUAAAAAUGGUACUAAUGUAGCAACUAACUUCAAUCAGUGAAUAUCAAUAAGCUUUAAUAGCUCUACAUUGCUCUGGGUCUGCUGAUAAUAAUUUCAAAAAGGAGAAGUUGGAACAUUUGCAUCUCUUUAAACAUAGUCAAUGUAUAUUAUAUUAUUCUCAUUCUUGUUUCCAAAUAAAGUUUAGUCGUCAAUUG